AGUACCGCACUUGUUGUGCGUGAGUGAGAGAGAGUCUUCGACUCUGCCUAACUUCAAGUUGGCGUUGCGUUUUCUCUUUGUCGUGUCAUUCAUCGGCUGACUCUCUGGAUUCCUAUGUUAGCUCACUCGCACUUGAACUGUGUACAAGCACGGCGCGUGAGCCGUCUCAUUGAUUGAUUCGUUUUUGUUUUCAACUGUGUCUGGAAUGUACAGGAUUAUUUGAAACAAAUAUCUUUGUUUUACAGUGGCGAUCUUUGUCUUUACCAAGUAAACAUUGGCGUGGUGGUGGUGAUAGAAUAGUCUUAUAGCGGAGCCUAUACAUUGUAGACUGACAUAUUUAUAGAGUGAGCUACGCUUCAAUGUCUUGGGCAGACUUCCAAUCUGUUAUCUCAUCCGUUAUCGCUGUGUUUAUUAUACAGAUAAGACAUUUUUUGUCAAGUGAAAAAACAAACAAACAAUAACAGUAAAACUUUUACAAAAACACCAACGGGAGAUUCUGGCUACUCAGUUUGUGAAACAAUCGUUGGGAGUGUGAUUGUAUCUUCUGGCAAACCUCCAAUGAUGUGCUAGCUACACUAACUACAGAACAGAAAACACUGUGAGCAAGGGAUUUGUUUCAGACGUCGGUAGUAAGGAAAUAUCGAUCUACAUCUUGUAGCCAUGUUUAAAUCGGCUUUUGGUCAUCGAAGGCGAAAAAGGGCUUGCAGGAUGGGCACGGAGGAAUCAAGGAAUGGUAACUACGGCCUAAUGUGUGCCAGUGCUGUAAUGGCCAACAUGAACAAACAAGUUCAGAGUGCCCGCCCUUGGUCACUCCUCCACCAGUGUUCCCUGGAACAGUGGAAAAAGGGACACGGAGUUGCUGCAGCAUUUUCUGAGACAACAAUGACAUGCAACGGAGUGGUCUUCAAAGACUGCAGCCCUUCAUUCUGUAUCAACCGGCAAGGGUUGCUGAAUGUCAACAAGACCGAACCCUUUUUCAGCUUCCGAAGGAAAAGCAAGUUCACGAUGAUGGCUGAGCAUUUUGAAUACAAUCACAUCCCAGCCCACCUCUCCUCCAUUCAAAACUUCCAUGUCAACAGUGUCCUGUGCUGUCAGGGUCAAACAGUUGUCUUACACCUAGUCAGGAAUCUCAUGACCCAGUUUGGAAUCAUUGAUCUAAAGGCUAAUAAAUUCUUAGGCAUUUUUGGGAACCAGCGAGUUGAGUUUAUCAAUGAAGCCUUAAGAGGAGAAAUCUCCCCAGAUGGAAGCCUAUGCCUGAUUAAGUUGCCUACAACACGUGUUGGAAGUACAGGGUUUGUUUUUCAACUUUACAAGCUGAGCACCAAGGAGCUGAUGUCAGAGAUCAGUCUGCCCUAUAAUCACACCCUGUUUGUUUUUGACCCAAGAUUCUGCACAUCCAGGAUUGCUGCAACCAGCUUUUUGGAAGCUGAGGAUAACAGUCUAAGUCUGAUUGGUGUCCCAUCCUGGGAGGUGGUCACAACAAACUCCAGAGUGGAUGACUUUAACUCUAGUCUGAACCCUAACCUUAAAGAUUUGAAGUAUUCCAGGGAUGGCCACUUGAUUUUUGCCAUCAUGAUGACCAGUGGCUGUCACUGCAAAGAGAAGAAGGCAAGGAAAUGCCACCCCUUGGAUGUCAGUGUUUACGUAUUUGAUGGCGACUCUGCCCAGACUUUACACUGUAUUCAGUAUCACCGGUACGCUUGCGGUCAACACUCAUGUUUGGUUAACUACAUGCCAGUGCUGUCAGAAUGUGGAAGUCGGAUGGCCAUAGUUCUGAAUGACCUUGAGACACCAAUCGACCAUGUCCAGAUAUACAAGCUUCCUAUCAGGGGCAACCUUCAGAACCGGUGCAGAGUUCGGAUCCUGCACACCUUUCCCCCAGAGUCCAUCCCCCAUCUCCCCCUUCCUGGCAAGCUCAUCAGGUACCUAGGAUUCCAACCUGACUAUUUAUGAUAAUCUUGUUUCUUAGUUUAGCCUUAGCCUUUCUAUUUGCUCAUCCAAGCAUCAUCUCAAAUUGUCAUUUGGGCAAGAAGAAAACACCAAGGAAGAGAAUCUUUUUCCCCUAAGUCUAUAGUCAGUGCUCCUGUCACUUUGACUGAUGUGACACUUUGGUCACUUUCUUUGCUCACGGCAAGGAGCUUUCCUGAAAGUCUGUUAAGCUUGGAAAGGAAGCCUUCAGCCCAAGUGUUGGCCUGAGGAGGGUUUGCACUUUGUCUGUUUGCAGUGCUUUGUGGACUUGAAGUUUGUGAAUAUUAACAAAGCCAAGGUACUUUUAUGUACAGCUUGUAUUCAAGAGCCUAACUUUUACCAAGUAUUGCUUGGUAUCAAUACUAAAACUUCUCACUACUAUGUCCUGAGUUUGUGGCUUCCAAUGUUGUUUUUAAAUAUAAGUUGAUUUGCUUCUUCCCAAAGCAGAUACUUGUAGCUUGCCAUAUUGUUCUAUUAUUUGACUAGUCCUGUGUCAUACUGCCAACUCAAUGUAUUUGUUAUUUAUUUGUUUUGUUUCCUAGGAUAAUUAGUUGUUUUUAUAAAUUGCUGUUUAUUAAAUAUUGAGUACAAGUUGAGUGAUACAGAAAUCUGUAUUCAUAAAAUGUUUGUAAACAAGAAACAAAAUUAGGGACGGCAAAGUAUUUUUUAAAAUUUUAUUUUCUUUUGUGUUUCAAUGAUAACAUGAAGGUAGGUUAAUGUGAACUAAAAAGACGUUUUAAGUGUAUAAGAAAACAGUUUUAGUACAGAAAUUUUACUAUUUAUUACAUUAUUUAAUAAAUCUGCAUGCAUAGUGUUAAUUACACUCAAGGUAGAAGUUUACUUAUUUUAUUUGGAUACAAUUACAUUGCCAUGUUGUGUAUAAUGUUCAAAUAGUUAACAAUGCUAUUUUUGUAACAGCAACUGAUUAAAACGAGUAUCACAGGAGGAAACAUAUUUGGCUAUAAACAAAUAUUCUUUUAUUAUUUUUUUAAACAAAUAUGUGCUUUUAUUUUUUUAAAUUAUAAGACACUUUUAUACUUUAUUGACACUUUUUAAUUGAUUUAAAAAUCGAACAAUCAGUCUUAAUUUAGAAUCAAUGAUUAAGAUUAUAUAAUCAUUCCCUUUUCUGAAAUAAAUGUUCAAAUUAUUAUUUUACUGAGCACCAAUGAUGAUUUUUUUUUGUUCCUUUGUAAUUUGCAUUAAAAUCUGCAUUUGUAUUGCAUUUACUAAAAUGCUUUUUAUGUCUAAAUAUCCAACUUUAGGGUGUUACAAACUAUGUCUAUAUGGUAUCUUGAUAUGUUUACUGGUGUUACAAACUAUGUCUAUAUGGUAUCUUUGAUAUGGUUACUGUUAUCUAAUUGCCUAUCAGAAAAUUCCCUGUGAAUUUGUGUUGGUUCUAUUCCAGCAGUCUGCUCACUGUCAUUAUCAAAUUCACAAGCCUGCAAUCUAUUUGCCAUAUCUUAAAAUAGAAAAUAUCAUGUUAAAUAUACUAUUAUUUUUAUGUUUUAGAGUAACAAAAAAAAUAUUUAGUAAUAAGAAACUUUCCAAAAUAUUGAAAAGAAAGAGAUUUUCACAGUUGUUAUGGACAAGUUAAUCAAUUUUGACAAUUUUUAACAUUGAAAGUUUUGAAACCAAAAGAAGCCUUUUAAAUAUUGUUAUUAUUGCUUGUUAUAGUUAUGUGUUUUUAUACAAAUACUGGUGGCUGUUCUUUGAAAAUCUACUAAAUGAUAACCAGUACCUCACAACACAUGUUUAUAUAGUGGAGUGUCUUGUCCUACAUUAGACGAGAGCAUACUAUCACCUUCACUUUAGUCAGACUAGUUAGUUUUCAGGUUCUAAGCUCUAAUAAUGGAGCCACUAGAAAUUAAACACAGGCACUUCUACCCCUAGGCCUACCACUACAUGGUCAAUAUGGUAGAUCUAGCUGUACAGCGAGCUAUUCAUAACUAGACAAGUGGGAAGGCAAAGGCUAGUAGCCCAAUGUAGAGAGGCAAGAUGGCCAAAGAAAGAGAAUGACUGCUAUUGUGCAAGAAACUAUUUAUUAAUCAAAGUCCCUGUUCAUUUGAUUUUUCAACUUUGUUAAUGUAACCUGAAUGUCUACAUGAUUAAAAAAAAAAUAUCUGGGAUAACAGACUGGAUAAUUAGAGAAUUAUAUUAAAAAUCUUAAAAUGCAAACUCAUACAUUUUGAAGUCUGGUGGCUGCCAAUGCAGAAGUCCAGUUUCAGAACCUUGUUGAUUACAAAAUAUUUCUGAUAGAAGCCAAUUCUAAUAGGUGAACUUACUCGACGAACUGGGAAAGAUGAUAGCUGAUUGCUCUGGUCCUCCUACAGCAGUAGUUAUGUACUAUGGUAAAUGCUACUUCUCUUGGCAAUAUAUUUAAGGCUCAAUUGGUACAUUUUUACAAAAUACAAUAUGAACCAAUUUUAUAAUUAAAUUUAGCAAUAGAUGUUUUCUUCUAAAUCUUGUUCUUGUAGACAAUGUUGACUUUCUUUAGUUGGAAAAAAAAAAUGUUUUAGUAAACAUUUUUAACAGUUUGUGAAUUUAUAAUGACAAAAUGAAUAUUUUAUCAAAUUAUGUAUUACCAGUUGUACCUGGAGGUUGUGCCCCUUUUGAGCAAUAUAAAUACUGUUGUGAAAUAGGUGUCCCUAGAAAUGUCAUAUUUUGUUACUGUUUUAACGUCUUCAAGAAUGAUUCUGUUUCUAAUAAUUCAGCUCAUUGUUUAAACAGUUAUUUGUAUGAAAACAGUGUCUAUCUAUAUUUUAAUGAUCUUUUAUGUUUACCAUAGACCCGAUAAUGCAGUAAAUUGGUUCAGAGGUUAGGCUUAGACUGGCAUCAGCAGAAUCUAAAUUAUAGUCAACUUGAGUUGACACAAAUCUGAAUGUGUAGAGAAUCAAUUGGCAAAUAAAAGCCAGCCUAUAUUUUGUCUGGGCGUUUCUUGAUAAAAAAAAUAAAUUUAUAAAAUUAAAUUGAUAAGUUCAUUAUGUCUUUUUAUUUUUAGUAUCUUGUUGGCCAAACCAGGUUGUUUAUUUGGCCUACUCACUUUUGUCCUGGCAUCAACAAGCCAACCCCGUUUGUGUAAUUCCUAGCAGUUUUUGCUAGCAUGUUGAACUAUCUUGAGGUGCUUUGAUGUAGUGUAUAAGUAAUAAAUACACAUCUCGUAAAUAUGACAAAAAUAU